AUGGGCGACUAUGAAAAUCUCCAGGGUGAUCCUCCUAAAGAUUCAACCGCAUCGUCUAAGCCCAGUCAACGAAGAGUCUUCAGGCGCACCGCAAGAGCUUGCGACGAGUGUCGGGCGCGGAAAGUCAGGUGUUCAGGUCUUCAACCAUGUGAACCUUGCCAUGAAUUCAGCCGACGUAUGUACUUCGAGUCCUGGGAACUGUUAACCUCCCCUAAAAUGAACGAUGCGCUGAGAUUGACAGGAUGCAUUUAUUCUCUUAACCCGAGGCGGAGCACAGAUCCACGCCAAAAAUCAAGGCUGCUGGAGUUGCAGCUUGGGAGGUUCCGCAAGCUCCUGACCAAGAUUCAAAUGGAAAACAGGCCAAUGUCACAUGAGGAAGCUUGCGCAGCCCUGGAGACGCUAGACAAUUCGUUGGUGGGCGAAAGCCAAGAUCAAAGCGAUGAGCACGCCGACGGCACCAAGCUCGAUAGCAUGAUGGAUAGCCACGGCCGUGUUGCACUCGACAACCCCUGGGCAUCAAGGUUUUAUGGUGCCCCAUCAGGCCUUGCUUUCUUACAGAAAACGGAAGAGUUCUUCAGUCCACAACGAAGCGAGCUGACUGACGAUUUGAACUCGACGAAAUCAGUCAUAUCGCAACUAUUUGACGCUCCCCUACCAAAUACCGUUUCAGAAGACGGGGACCACGUCACUGCAGCCCAGCUACCCCACAGAGACACUGUAUCAGCAAUGCUCAUUACCAUAUUCAGGUCUACCUAUCCCGUCUUUCCUAUCUUGCAUGAACCCACAUUCAACCACAGUGUCGACCAGCUUUACUCUAAAAACCCCAUCGAAUAUGAUGAAUCUGACCGUGCUUUUUUGCCCCUGUUCCACAUUGUUCUGGCUCUGGGCUAUCUGUUCAGUCAGAAUUCCCACCAGAACCAUGGUUGCCGCAAGGCUAUCGCUGAAACUUUUAAGCAUUAUCAUACCGCAAAAAGGCUACUUGAUAUCUGCGACUGUCGAGGCAUUCGAUCAUUGCAAGUCUUGCUUUGUAUUACGCUCUUCCUCGUCUCAAUCGCUAGACUGGCUUCGGCCCAUGCAUAUCUAGCUUUAGCCUGUUCCUCUGCUCUACGACUGGGGCUACAUUAUCGAUCGACAAGUGACACGACUUUCUCCAAGGACGAUCAGGAUACGAGGCGAAGGUUAUUUUGGACAGUGAUCAAGCUUGACAUGUAUCUCAGCGCAGUGCUCGGCUUGCCAACAUUUAUCGACCUCAGCCAGGUCGACCAUGUUAUUGAUUUGACGUUGGAAGAAGCCAUCCAAGAGUCGACGCUGGGCUUUCCAGGCAGGGAGGCCAUUUCACUGGCCAUCUCUGCGAAACACCUCGAGGUCAUGCGAAUUGUCACCAAGGCCAUCAGAACGCUUUAUCCCAUGCCCACCUCGCAGGACGGCAUCUCCAAGCCUGCUGGGAACAUCUCAAUCAGUCUUCCGCGACUGAGGCAGGUCGAGGACGAAUUCGCCGCAUGGAGCAAGAGUGCUUCUGAUCUUCUCAAACGAGCCGACAGCGACGCGAGCGAAUUUUGCAGCUUGAGGUACGAACUUGAAAUGGCAUUCUACUUUGCACGGAUCGUUUUGUACCGACCGUUCCUGCAUUACCUUGCGAGGAUGUCUGACGGAGGCUCGGUAACCCAAGAACAAUCCCGCAGAGCUCUCGUGUGUAUCCGCUAUGCUUCUAUGGCCAUCGACCAGUCACAGGCCAUGUGGGACCGAGACCUACUUCAUCCGGCGUCCUGGACUUCGAUCUACACGAUAUUUCUCUCCGUGGUCUGUCUGAUGUUCCUGAUCGCCACCCAAAAAGGGACAAAGAACCCCAUCGAAGCGUGGCGCAAUGCAGAUCGCGGGAUCCGGCUCCUGGCUUCAACUUCAUGCCUUGAGCAAGGAUCCAUCCAAUGCCUCGGGGUUUUAAAACAACUCGUUAGACGGCUUUCCCACACGGUCGAAUUCGACAUUGCUAGCAUUGAGCUCGAGUCACCACGUACGUGCGGGAAUGAUCCGCUUAUCGGCACGUUGAGCUCAAAUCAACCUGGCGACGCCUCUGCGGCGCAGACUCACGGCACAAAGGACGAGGACUUCGCAGUCUCCCAAGACCCAACCGGGCUGUACGGAGCGCAGCAGCCAUGGCAAAUCACCGGAUCUCAAUUGCACAUGCAAGAGUGGCCCCAUCUCGACUCCUCCGACAUUGACGAAGACUUUUCCUGGCCAACCUUUUUAUAUCAGAAUCCGGACCCUUCCACCUUUGGUAGUCUGUCCGGGGACCUCUUUCUGCAGCAGCAGACAUCUCUGACCUUGGAAAAUGAAGUCGUCGAUGUGCCUGCGCUCCAGCUGUUUUCUUGGCCCUGCGAUGGGUUUGCGGACAUGCUGAACUUGCCGCACGGUUGA